AUGGGUAAGGUAUCCUAUGUGAUUGGAAUUGAAACAUAUCAUGACAGAUCACAAGGACUGUUAGGAUUGUCUCAGAAAGCAUAUAUAAAUAAAGUUUUAGAGAGGUUUAACAUGGAAAAGUGCUCUGCAAAUGUUGUUCUAAUUUAUAAAGGAGACAAAUUUAGUCUCAAACAAUGUCUAAAUAAUGAAUUGGAACGCAAGCAAAUGGAACGUAUUCCUCAUGCAUCCAUUAUUGGGAGCAUAAUGUAUGCUCAGACAUGUACCAGGCUAGAUAUUAGUUUUGCUAUGGGAAUGUUAGGCAGGUAUCAAAGUAAUCUAAGAAUGGAUCAUCGGAAAGCAUCCAAAAAUGUUUUGAGGUAUCUGCAAGGAACAAAUGAUAACAUGCUCGCAUAUAAAAGAUUUGAUAAACUUGAGGUGAUAAGAUAUUUAGAUUUAGAUUUUGCUGGAUGUAUGCUCACCAGAAAGUCCAUACAUGGUUGUUUGUUCCUUUUAGCUGAAGGAGCAAUUUCUUGGAAAAGUGUGAAGCAAUCAGUCAUUGCUGCAUCACUAUGGAAGCUGAAUUUGUAG